AUGGAGAUCGCUACUUUGAUCUCUAAGAGUGCUGGGGGUAUCCAUCGCCGCGAGGUUUGCUACUCUGCAAGACUACACGGGGAGAACGGGGUCUUCGGGUCAGAUUGUCGUCUCGACGAUGCCGAUUCAUGUGCUGACAUCUAUCUCGCCUUCGAGUCCCCGCCCCUGUUUACUGCCAAUGGGAGCGUUCUGCCCUGGUGUCACUUCCAUCUGGAACAGGAAAGCUUCUUAUUUUUCGGACGUCGGCCGAGUUUCCUGAUCAAUUCAACGGUAGCUGCGUGGCGGAGGAAGCAGAGCGACAACGACGACGACGACGACGACGACGACGACGAGAUGCCCUACGCCAGUGGGCUUUCGGACGGAGAUCAUGGAGGCAACAAUAUCCUGCUCACAUUGCUCGUGCAGUCAGAUCAUAGCCUAGCCAGGACGAGGGCCUCUGUGUCUCGUUUCUGGAGAUCGCUGCUGAGUUCUGGCAUCUUACCUCUCCAAAUGAGUUUCAGGACCCUUGAAAAGCGGUUGGAUGCUGUCCCAUGA